UGAAAACCUAAUGGUUUAUUUUUAUUAUUUAAUUUUUACAUUGACUAGAGAUUUAUACAAAGUAUUCGCACUCUGUAAUAUGGGAAAAGAAAGUAUCUGGUUAUUACUGAUCAUCGUAAUUUCUGUUAUUUCAUGUGAGCCUCUGUCAAAUUCAACUGAGACACCUUUAUCAGGUAACAUCCCUCAUUGGAGUGCAGACCACGGAAACAUCCAAUCCAAGUUCUCACUGAGAAACGUAGAGUUCCCGGAUGAAGACCUGUGCUACCUUGUCCCAGGAAUAAAAGGGACUAUAUCAGACUGCAGAUUCAAGCUUGAUGCGCAGACCUUUCUGGUGAUCCAUGGCUGGUCGGUUGCAGGACUGUUUGAAAGCUGGAUCACUAAACUGGUGUCUGCUUUGUUUGAGCGCGAGCCCAAUGCCAAUGUCAUCGUGGUGGACUGGCUGCAGCGUGCCAGCCAGCACUACCCCACCUCAGCUGAGAACACCAGACUUGUGGGUAGGGAUGUUGCCCAGUUCAUCAACUGGUUAGAGGCUAUUGGCUACCCACUUGAGAAGCUCCAUGUUUUGGGGUAUAGUCUGGGUGCACAUGUGGCAGGCAUCGCAGGAAAACUCACCAACAGCAAAGUCAACAGAAUCACAGGAUUUGACCCAGCUGGCCCAACCUUUGAGCACGCCGACAGUCUAAAACGGCUCUCUCCUGACGAUGCAAAAUUUGUCGACGUCCUCCACACAAACACCAGAGGUAGCCCGGACCUCAGCAUUGGCAUCCAGAGACCUGUUGGUCAUGUGGACAUCUACCCCAAUGGUGGCACCUUCCAGCCUGGCUGCAGUCUGCGGAACACCAUGAGGAUGAUUGCUACGCAAGGCUUGUACAACAUGGACCAGUUGGUGAAAUGUUCUCAUGAGCGCUCGGUGCACCUGUUCAUCGACUCGCUUGUGAAUCAGGAUCAGCAGAGCCUGGCUUACCGCUGCAGCUCCAAAGAAGCAUUUUACAAGGGCCUGUGUCUCAGCUGCCGCAAGAACCGCUGCAACAAGCUAGGCUACAACGUCAACAAGGUCCGAACAGCUAGGAGCACCAGGAUGUACCUCAAGACACGUGAGAUGAUGCCAUACAAAGUUUUCCAUUACCAGAUUAAGGCAUAUCUCUUUAGCCAUAAGCAUUUGGCCCUGGACAGUCAGCCUGUGAAAAUAUCUCUGUAUGGAACUCACGAUGAGAAACACAACAUCCCAGUAGUUCUGCCGAGCAUGAUCACCAACACCACCAUCUCUUUCCUAGUGACCUCGGAUGUGGAUGUAGGGGACCUGCUGAUGCUCAAGUUCCAGUGGGAGAGCGAUUCAUACCUGCCAAGCUUCUUCAGUGCCAAACAGUUCCUGAUUCGCAAAAUGAGAAUUAAAUCUGGCGAGACGCAAGCCAAAGUGAUUUUCAGACCUAAGGAUGUGGAAUUUGGGAGCCUCGUUCAGGGCGCUGACAGUGUGACCUUUGUAAAAUCCAAAGACAGUCCACAGAGCAAGAAAGAGGAGAGGUUGCAUAGGCUUAAAAUGCACGGCAGCUUCUUUAAACAGGAUGGAAUUGUCACAGCGGCAGAGGUGAAAAAUCCAGAAAUGCAAACGGAGAAUACAGUAACGGCAACCACAGAGAUGAUCACACAGAGUUCCUGAGGUGGUUGCUCUGAACUUUAAUGCUACUUGCAAUCAAAAUAAAGACUUUGGAGAUAUAGUAUAAUAAUGUCUAAAAAAAAUUUAAUUGUGGUUGUUGAGCAGAGUGAAAUUAGAAUCAGAAGGUGUGCCUUUAUGUAGCCUAUUAUUAGAACAUAAACUAUAAGAAACUACUUGAAAGAUUUCUUAAUUGUGGCAAUAAGAUAUUUUGUAAAUAAUUAUAGAACAAUUUGCUGUUACAUAUUGCAUAUGUACGUUAUUCCGCGAAAUUGAGUCGUACAUGAGCUGAUAGCUGACGAGGUGCAUAAUGCCGAGUUGGCUAUAAGCCAUGUACGAUGAGAUUGAGUGGAAUAACUGUUUGUCUAUCCACGUUCACUGGAUUUUGAGAAACAGAGCAUUUUUAUUUUUUGCAAAUAAGAUAAAUAAAAACUUUAUACAAAAUGUCCGACAAAAUCAUUUCCGCUUAGAAUGUAAACAAACCGGCGAAAUGACGAGCAAUUUGCAAAAAAUUCUAUAAUCAUAAUUCUUGAAAAAUAAAAAAUAUAUACAGUCUUACUUUCAUUCCAUACUUUGUUUUUUUUUUGUAUUUUUUGGGGUUUUGUUUUCGAGUAGAGUUUUUAUUUCAUCCUCAGUUGGUUCAGCAGUACGUUCCGCCAUUUUGUUUUUCUCUACUCACAGUAUAUGAGCUGAUAUCCUAGUAGUAGAGCAGCCUAUCAGAGCACAUGAUUGCUCAUAUCCAGUGAAUGUGGAUAGAAUAAUGCAUAUUACGUUCUAUGUUACAUCCUUUGGUAUUAAUGCUACUUUUAAAUUCAUAAUUGUCGGACCCUCUUUUUAUUUAAUACGGCUCGUGGCCUAAAUAUCUGUUAACAUUUUAGAUCUAUGAAUCAAUGCUACAUUAGAGCUACCUCUGCUGAUCGUCCUAAUUAGGAAUUCACAACUACUCACUUUUCUUCACAUAUACUGUAUUUAAUACACAGAUUUGUACAAUUCCAGGAAAAUGAUGUAUUUUUUUUAGCAUUGGGAUUUCAAAUGUAUAAUAUUGUAUGUGUAAUAUGACUGUAAUGUAUAUUUGCACUCCAACCAAAUGCCCUUGAUGUAUAUUUUUAGUAAAUAUAUGAGUGAUUCCACGCUUAUGGGUACUGAAAUGGGGACAUGAACUUAUUUUUAAAAAUUCACCUAAAACCAUUUCUU